UUCAGUUAUACUAAUCCUCAGUGAGACCAGGUCGACUGACUUGGAAGGGCUUCUUCAGUCUUAUUAAAUUGCUAAAUUAUGCCCUGAUGUUGCAGAAGAAUCACGGGUUGUUAGUGAUUCCUUCUGGUCAGAGGAUAUCCAUCGCUAGUGAAUUUGGGAUCUGGGUUCUGAAUUUUGGUGCGAAUGAUGGGAAGUUCAGAAGAGAAAGUUGUGGCAGUCAUCAUGGUGGGCGGACCAACCAAAGGUACUCGAUUUCGGCCAUUGUCAUUUAAUAUUCCAAAGCCACUUUUUCCCCUGGCUGGACAGCCAAUGGUGCAUCAUCCAAUCUCUGCUUGUAAAAGGAUUCCAAAUCUAGCACAGAUCUAUCUUAUUGGCUUCUAUGAGGAGCGUGAAUUUGCAUUGUUUGUGUCUUCAAUCUCUAAUGAGCUCAAGGUUCCAGUCAGAUACUUGAAGGAGGAGAAGCCGCACGGAUCAGCUGGUGGACUUUACAAUUUUAGGGAUCUAAUCAUGGAAGACAGUCCGUCACAUAUCUUUCUGCUGAACUGUGAUGUUUGCUGCAGUUUUCCACUGCCUGAUAUGCUUGAGGCUCACAGAAGAUAUGGUGGGAUGGGAACUAUCCUUGUGAUCAAGGUUCCUCCCGAAUCAGCCAACCAGUUUGGUGAAUUGGUGGCUGAUCCUGUUACUAAUGAACUGUUGCACUACACAGAGAAACCAGAAACUUUUGUGAGUGAUCACAUAAAUUGUGGUGUCUAUGUAUUCACACCAGAUGUUUUUGCAGCCAUUCAAGGUGUAUCCACACAAAGAAAAGAUAGAGCUAAUUUAAGGCGUGUAUCCAGCUUUGAAGCCCUCCAGCUCCCAAACAGGAGCCUUCCCACAGAUUUUGUUCGAUUGGAUCAGGACAUCCUAUCUCCUCUUGCAGGGAAGAAGCAAUUAUACACAUAUGAAACCAUGGAUUUUUGGGAGCAAAUUAAAACUCCUGGAAUGUCUUUGAGAAGUUCUGCCCUUUAUCUUGCCCAGUUUCGGUUCACAUCGCCCCAUAUUUUAGCAACUGGAGAUGGUAUAAAGAGUGCAACAAUUACUGGUGACGUUUAUAUUCAUCCAUCAGCAAAAGUUCAUCCAACUGCAAAGAUUGGUCCCAACGUGUCAAUUUCGGCUAAUGCUCGUAUAGGAGCUGGUGUAAGGCUUGUCAAUUGUAUUAUUCUGGAUGACGUUGAAAUCAAGGAAAAUGCUGUUGUCAUCCAUGCAAUCGUCGGGUGGAAGUCUAUGAUCGGGAGAUGGUCAAGAGUGCAGGCUGAAGGAGAUUACAAUGCAAAGCUUGGUGUUACAAUUCUUGGUGAAUCUGUGUCAGUUGAAGAUGAAGUUGUAGUAAUCAACAGCAUUGUCCUCCCGAACAAGACCCUUAAUCUUAGUGUUCAAGAGGAAAUCAUACUAUAAUGCAAUAUCAGAUGAUUUGAAUACCUGCAGGCCUUGAGUUCUAUUCCCUGCAUCUGUAUCUGUAAUUGUAUAUCACCGUCCUUGGUUAUUCAAGCUGAAAUAAUUGGUCAGCACUCCAGGCAAGCAUCUGUCCCGUGGUUGAUGAGCCGUAGCAUGUGGCAAGGAAAGCAACUAAUGAAAUUCCAUUCAUGCCUGUUCUUGAUCCGGAAAGGGAAUUGUUCUGUCACUACAUUCCAAUUAGUGUUUGAAUUUGUAAGUAAACAUAGCUAUUGAAUAAAUUGCAAGUUUGGGAUCUUCCCGUUCCACUGUGUAUUGUAUUGUUUUAGCUUUGUAAUAAUAAUAAUUACGCUUCUCGUCUCAACUUUUCCA